AUGAAUAAUCAAUUAAAUAGAAAUAAUAAUGGCAAUAAUAAUAGUAAUAGCAACAAUAACAGUAAUAGUAGUAAUAGUAAUAGUGGAAGUUUUUUCAUGACUUUAAAUCCUGAUAAUGAAAUGGCUCAAGAUAAUGAAAUGAUGUGUUUACAAUCAAUUUAUGGUGAUGAUUUUGAAAUAUUAGAACCAGAAGCAGUUUGUAAAAGAUUUAAAGUUGCUUUAAUCCCUCAUCCAACAAAUCAAUAUCCAAAUUAUUGUUCAGGUAAAGAUUCUUUUUAUUAUUAUUAUUAUUUGAUUGAUCUAUUUUACUUACAUUCUUCUUUUUUCGUUUUAGUAAAAUUAUAUGUUAAAUAUUCACCAAAUUAUCCAAUAACAUUACCAUCUAUUGAAUUGGAAAAAGUAAAAGGAUUAUCGGAUGAUCAAAUUGAAGAACUUUAUAUUCUUUUAAAUCAAAAGAUGGUGGCAGGCGAAGUGAUUGUUUUCGAACUUUGUCAAGCCAUUCAAGACUUUUUGUUAACGUACAACAAGGAAACAGUUAGUCUUCACGAGGAAAUGAUCCAAAGACUAAAGGAAUUAAAUUGUUCAACAUCAAGUAUUAGUAAAAGAGACGGUGGAGAGAUUGACAGUGACAGUGACCAAGACGAUGAUAACGAUGGUCAAGAUGAUGGUAUCAUGAUUACUACAGAUGGUCAUGAUGAUGAUGAAAGUAUCACAGAUUCUCCUAUUAAAAGACCAUUAACAUCUGAUGAUUAUGGUCACCAUCAUCAUCAUCAUCACCACAAUAAUCAUCACAAUCACCACAAUAAUCUUCAUAAUCAUCAUAAUCAUCAUAAUCAAUUUAAUUCAAGAGUACAUCAUAGUCCAUCAAUGAAUAGAAUGGUAUUAUCAUCUGCAGCAUAUGAUGGUAUGAUCAAUUCUUAUUCUUAUGAUUCAUUUGAUUCAUUUAUUGGAUCGUCUGCAUUGGAUGCCAACGAUAGUAUCUUUGAAGAUGGUGGUAAUAGUGGACAAAUGAUGAGAUCUAGUAAUCCAAGUGGUAUAGUAGAUUAUUAUCAACAACAAGAACAGAAUGAUCAAUCUGAUGAUAAUAAUAAUGGUGGAGGAGAUAUGUAUUCAAGAAUUCGAUUUAAAUUGGGAAGUAAACUUAGUCGUAAACCAAAUUCAUUUGAAACCACCUAUGAAUGUAUCAACUUGGAUACCAACUCUCCAAUGAUUUGUCGUCAAUUGUCGAUUGAUAGUGGUGACGAUAGUGGAAUGAGAGAAAACAUGUCCAAACUCUACUCUAUCCAAAAAGAGGUUGAAUCGAUGAAAUACCUCGUCAAUCCCCAACUAGUAGGUUAUAUUGGAACGGUGAUUGAAAAUAGUACACUCUACAUUUUCCAAGAAUAUGUGUCUUCUGAUACACUCAGACAACGUAUCCAAACUAGCGGCAAUAUAGAGGAAAGUUUGGUUAGAAGAUACACCUAUCAACUUUUACUAGCACUCUUGUAUCUCCAUUCUCAACACAUCCCACAUCGAGAUGUUCAGUCUAAAAAUAUCUUUAUCAACGACAGCACCAACCGAGUCUUGUUUACAAACUAUGGUGGCAAGACACUAAAGAUAUUUGAUACCAUUGACAGAUCCUCCUCUAAAAACUCUAAUCCAUGGAUCUCUCAUAAAAUACUCACCUCUUCCAAAUAUCAUCUAAGAAGAGAUGAUCUAAUCAAUCUUGGUAUUAUCGUUUUAGAAAUGAUCACUGGUACAAUCAUUGAUAUUAAAGAUAAUAGUAAUAAUUUAGUUUCAUCAAAUUCUUCUAUAUCUUCAUCAUCUUCUUCAGUAAAUAAUAAUAAUAACAGUAAUAAUAUAGAUUAUGUUAAACUUUAUGAAUCAACCAAAUUACCAGAUAAUAUGACAUCUUUGGCAAAAGAUUUUCUAUAUACAAUCUUUAGUUCAGAUAUUAAUGAUAAAAUCAAAUUGGAAGCUGGUUUAUUAUUAAAACAUCCUUUUUUAUCUUCAACUUCAUCACCAAUUCAAAUAGUUCAAAAAGAAAUAGAAAUAGAAGAAGUAGAAGUAGAAGUAGAAGAUGAAGAAGUAGAGGAGGAUGAGGAGGAAGAAGAAGAAGAAGAAGAAGAAGAUAAUGAUGAUGAUGAUGAUGAUGAUGAUGAUAAUGAAGAAGAAGAAGUAAAAGUAGAAUCAACAACAUUAGAAGAUGAAUCAGAUAAUUCAAAUAAUUCAGAUGAUGAAGAGAGUUUAUCAGAUUUAUCAGAUUUAUCAGAAGAAGAAUCUACUACUACAACAACAUUAAACAAUUCAAUAUCAUUUAAAUUAAAUUUAAAGACUAGUGAAAAUUUAAAUCAAAUUUAUCAAAAUCUAUCACCACCAACAUCACCAAGACAAAUGUUGACAAUAAGUGGUAGUACAAAUAGUAGUAGUUUAACUAGUAGUAGUGGAUUGGGUAUUGGUCAAUCUAUUGGUCAAUUAAAUCCACCUCAAUCAUCAUCAUUACUUCCAACACCAACUUCAUCUUCUUCAUCUGUUCCAAUAACACCCACACAGUUACAGACAUCAUCUGUUUCAACACCACAAUCAGUAACAAAACCAAGUCUAUUACAACAACCAUCAACUACAUCUCUAAUGGAUUAUAGAUAUCAAUCAAGAUAUAGAACCGAUUUUGAAGAGAUUGAAAUGAUUGGUAGAGGAGGAUUUGGUGUAGUGGUAAAAUCUAGAAACAAAUUGGAUGGUAGAUAUUAUGCCAUUAAAAAGAUUAAAACCGAGGCCAAUUCUGAUGGUGAAUCUGAACCAUUGACCAACAAAUUGCUCAGAGAAGUAACAACCUUGUCACGUCUUCAUCAUCAAUAUGUAGUCCGUUAUUAUCAGGCGUGGAUUGAAAGAUCAGAUAUAGAGGUUGAAGGUGAAAUGGAACCAGAUCAAGUAGAAGAUCUAAGUGGUGAUUUGGCAACUGAUGCAUCUGAAGAUUGGUUUUUACAAUCUAGUCUUGGUAGUAAAUCAAUGCUUCAGUCGUUCCAACAAGAUUGUACUCAAGACAAUGCUGGUGGUAGUGGAUUCAUUGAAGAAUAUCAUUCAAAUACUACUAGUAGAAUUGCUAUCAAUUCUGAUAUUAGUCUAAGUGCAAAUGAUUCAACCCAACCUGCAGCAGAUAGAUCAUAUUAUCUUAAUCGUUCAAAGAUAUUUCAACAACCAAUUGAAAAAAAGAAAUCAUCUAUAGCUGUCAACAAAAAGAAUACUCAUACACUUUAUAUUCAAAUGGAAUAUUGUAGUAAAAAGACUUUAAAAACAUUGGUAGAUACGAUUGGAGGUCUGAGUGAAGAGGAUGUUUGGAGAUUAUUUAGACAAUUGGUAGAAGGUUUGUCUCAUAUUCAUAAUCAAGGUAUUAUUCAUCGUGAUCUCAAACCAGCCAACAUUUUCAUAGACAAUGAAGAAAGAGACAUUAAAAUUGGUGAUUUUGGUUUGGCAACUACAGGUGGAAAGAGUAGUACCACUGGUCAAAAUGGACAACAACUUCAACAACAACAUGAUACCUCUUCCUCUAUAUCGAUUGAUAUUAAAAAGAUGAUGAAAAUGAUGAGUAAUGAAGGAGAAUUGAUGGAUCAAUCAAUGACAAUGACUGGAGGUGUUGGUACACCAUUUUAUUGUUGUCCAGAGAUUCUUCAAAGAACCACCAAGCAUUAUGGAGAAAAGGUUGAUAUCUAUUCAAUGGGUAUUAUCCUUUUUGAAAUGUGUCAUCCAUUCCAAACUCAAAUGGAACGUACCAAUGUAUUACGUACUCUUCGAAACGAAUUAAAGUUUCCACCAGGUUUUGAAGCAUUAAAACCAGAUUUUGCAUCACUUAUUCGGAGUCUUAUUCAACACGAUCCAAACAAGAGACCAACUACCAAACAACUUUUAGAAAGUGAUUUAUUACCAAGUAAAAUGGAAGAUGAAUUGUUAAAAGAGGCUGUCAAAUCCAUUACCAAUCCAACUCUAUCACUCUUUUCCUAUUUGAUGGAGAAAUUGUUUGGUUUAAAUCCAGAUGAACAUAUAUCUUCAAGAUAUCUUUAUACAUCAAAUAGUACACUUAUCAAUUCUCAUUUAAAAGCUCGAGAACGUACAUUUCAUCGAUUGUCUACCAUUUUCAGAACACACGGAGCCAUUCAAAUGGAUACACCACUUUUAUUUCCAAGAGAUGUUCAAAGUGGAGCACAUGGAGCUGUUGUAGCAAGAUUCCUAGAUGAAGGUGGAACCGUUGUUCACUUGCCCUAUGACUUGACUGUACCUUGGGCACGUCAUGUUGCAUUGCAUGGUAUCACUCAAGCCAAACGAUUCAGCUUUAGUAAAGUUUUCCGUCGAAGUUCACCUGGUUUUUCACCCAAAGAACUUUAUGAAUGUGACUUUGAUAUUGUUGGACCAAGCAGAGUUCGACAUGUCAGUGAUGCCGAACUACUUAGAACAGUUGUAGAUGUAAUGGAAGGAUUUUCUAGAGAACUUGGAACAUCGUACAUUAUCAAAGUUAGUCAUUAUAGUAUAUUGGAUGGUGUUUUGCAAGUUUGUGGAGUUGAUCAAAAAUUACAUGGCCCAGUUUGUAUGGCCAUUGCUACACUUCAUUGGAGAAAUUCUUGGACCCAAGUUGCAGCAACCCUUAGAGAAAUUGGUCUAGCUUCACCCACCAUUAAUCGUCUAUCGAUAUAUUUAAAACAAAAGAGUGAAUUAUUACCAGGUAUUGCACAAUUGGAUGAAUUAUUGGCAAAAAGAAAAGAUUCAAUGGCAGGUUUAACAGAUCUUAGAAAUCUUGCAAGAAAUUUACAAGCAAUCAAUAUUAUUCCAAAGUUUUAUCUGGACCUUUCAUUGGUACACAAUUAUCAUUAUUAUGAUGGAAUGGUAUUUCAAGUGGUAAAUGAAAAGAGUAUUGUAGAUCAUCAUCAUCAACCAAAAACUGAAAUUAUUAUGGCUGGUGGUAGAUAUGAUAAAUUGAUUAGAUCAUUCCAACAUCAAUUACAUCAACAAUCAUCUGGUGGUCAACCAACUCAACCAAAUCAUUCAAGUAAUCUAAAAGGUCAAAUAUGUGGAGUUGGUGUUACCAUUGCCGUUGAAAAGAUUGUUACUGCACUCUUGCUCUAUGAAGAAAGAAUUGGAAAAUCAAAAGGUGUAAAAAAGGCUACAGAUAUUGAAGCCUAUGUUUGUAGUUUGGGUGCCCUCAUGUUGACUGAAAAACUUCAAAUAUGUGCUCAACUUUGGUCCAUGUCUAUUAGAGCAGAUUAUUCUCAAUCUGAUUAUAUUACUGUAGAAGAAAUCUAUAGUUAUUGUAAACAAAAUGGUGUUACUUGGGUCAUUGUAUUAAAAGAAAGGUCCUAUCAAAAUGGUCUUCUCAAAGUUAGACAUAUUGAAACUAGAAAUGAAAAAUCAAUCUCUCGUAAAGAUUUGGUAGAUUAUAUUUUAAAAUCUAGAAAACAUCAAGGUAUACCUAUAGAUCCAAUGGCUCUUGAAUCUACAGAUAAUAGAGAUAAUCAAAACCUAAAUAAUAGUAGUGGUAGUAAUAGUAAUAGUGGUGGUGGUGGAGGUAGUAAUUCAAUCAAUUUAUCUUCAAGUGGUGGUAGUGGUGGAUUUACUGAUAAUUCAACUUCUCUAUCAAUUCAAAUUAUGAUUCAAGGUCCUGUUGAUGAAUCAAAAAAGAAAAAAAUUGAAAUUUUAACAAAAGAUUAUAUUUGUAAAUUAUAUAGAGGAUUUUAUCAAGGUAAAGGAACAUCAAUUAAAGUAAUAGCAGUAGAUUUACCAAUAUCAUUGAUUAAAGAAUUUGUAGAUAAUGAUAAUGUUGCCAAAUAUCCAAAAGUUUACAAGGAUAAAUUGAUUCAACUUAAAAAUCAAAUGAGUCGUUGGAAAAUGAUUCCAUUUUAUAUUAUAUUUUCUUACAAGGAUGAAAAAUCUUAUACUUUUACAAAUGUCUAA